AUGGCCACAAUCAUCCACGGCGAUAUAAAGCCAGAUAACAUCAUUCUAUUCGAUAAUCCAACAACUGGCUUGCUUGCAAAAAUCACGGACUUCGGUUUUGCGACAUCGACAUUGAGCAUCUACGACGCAGAGAACCCGUUGAGCAAAGAAGAGAUCCUCAUAAGAGAUCAAAUUUUACUUGCCGCUGCGCCGUACUGGUCCAGUCCCUCCCGCCAUGGAGAAGGUUACACCUUUGAGGAGGCAGUCCUGGAAGAGAUCUAUUCAUUCGGUAUGACAUGCUUUUGGACCCUCUUCAACCAUCUGGCUGCUUUUCCGAGCGAGGAUCAGGUCAAGGCCACAAAGUCUGGGGGCUCUAUGCCGGAGUUGUGUCUUCAGCUUGCGAGAGACUCUGAACUAGGGGCGACAGGCGAUCAGAUCGAAUUACUUGAGCGUCUCUUUGCAAUUACAUUAGCUCAAAGCAAUGCCGAUCGAGCGACAAGCUCAGCUAUCGUCGAUUUGCUGGAGCCUGGCAUCAAGUCAUCAGACACGAUCACAUCGCAGGACUUCGAAGUUGCUCCAUUUCCAACUGGUAGUACUAUGAGUACGAUCGACUUUCACCUCAUAGCAGCUUUAACGCAGUUGCUAGCAGUCGACUUUCGAGUGCGAUCGUACAUUAGGCAGUGUAUGGAAGAUAUCAUCAAGAAAGAGACCCGACCAAAAGUCCUCCAGCGAACACACUUCGAGCUUGCUUGUUGCUGUCAUCUCGGAUUUGGUGGCCUAUACGAUCCUGAGCAACGCGACUUCCAUCUAGGGGAGGCUGACGCGAACCUCGAAGAUAUCAAAGUUCAAUUGCGCAAAGCCAUGGAGAUCAAAGGCAUCGUAUACUUUGAGGGACAAUAUCGCACUUCGCUCGAAUCCGGACUUAUUCCUCCUCUGGAUAUCGUGCAGUCUUUCCGCGAUGUACCCGCAGCAAGUGAUCUUCCUGAACUUAUGAAACAAGAAGUGGAGAGCAUGGAGCAAUCGCUAGGGCCGACAAGCACUCAUAUCAUUCACAUGAAAGCUAAUCUUGCGAACUUACUGUGGGAGCAGGGACAAAUCCAGCCUGCUUGGACUAUGCUCAACAAGUGUCUCGAAUCCGCCGACCUUGCUCGAGAAGAUGUCGACCAUCAUGAUUACAUUUUCCUCACGGGUCAGGUUGCGGAAGCCGAGCACCGUAGGGGAAACUGGCAAAAGGCGGAAGAUCUGACUCGCAAGGCCCUGAGAGACUCUGCCCAGCUGGAGGUCGGGGAAACUGGAGAAACGAUAGUGCUCAAGAACCAGCUUGGCUUGGCGCUUGCUGAUCUGGGGCGCUGGGACGAAGCUACUGUGAUACAGCAUGAGAUUGUUGAGUACCAACGUCAGCAUCUCGGAGCAGAGCAUCCCGUCACCUUACAGAUGAUCUCGACACUUACCCAGACGCUCAUUGAACUCGGAAAGUACGAUGAAGCGGAGGAGCAUAUUCAAUAUGUCUCAAAACUGCGGCACUCUAUCCUGGGCCCUGAUAACCAGGACACCUUGUUGAGCCUCAUGGACGAAGCUCGUCUUCAUGAGAUGAGAGGCCGGACCCAUGAGGCCGAACUUCUGGAAAGAAAAGCUUUACUUCGAUGUCAGCGUUCGCUUGAGAAAGACCAUCCUUAUACCCUAGACUGUAUGAUGAACCUCUCGACGAGUCUGAUCGAACGAGGUCAAGUGCGCGAAGCCACCGAGCUUGCUGAGCGCUGUGUUGCUGCGUACACACGCGUGAGGGGUGAAAAGCACCCUGACACCCUUCGAUCUAAGACCAAUCUGGCACUCGUGCUUCACGAAUGUGGCCGCUACAAAGAUGCCCGAGAACUGGACCUCCAAGUAUAUGAACCAUUACUCACUCUUCUUGGUCCCACGCACCCUUUCACGCUGGACACGAUGUACAACCUCGCCAUCUGCCAUUGGAAGCUUGCCGACCUUGAUCUAGCAGAGGAACUACUCAUUCAAACAGUCGAAGAUCGCUCGCGUAUGCUUGGAAAAGGGCACCGCGAGACCUUGGCAUGCGAAACUAUGCUUGCAAAUGUGUACGCCGAGCGAGGCAAGCUGCCGGGUGCGAUUAAGCUGGAAGAAGACGUUCUAGCCUCAUCAAAGGAUACGCUUGGUCCUUCGCACCGCGAGACAUUGAUAGCAGCUAGCAAUCUUGCGUCCUACUAUCAUGACGCGGACGAGAUAGGCAAAGCAAUAGCGCUAGAGGAAGAUACUUUGGCCGCGGCUGAAGACGGCCUGCACCCCGACGACUCCAUCAUUCUCAACCUCAAGAUGAACCUUGCAGCGUCUUAUGGGGAUCGGAGCGUCGCGAGGUAUGAUGACGCUCUGGUCAUGGCUAAACAAGCUGUCAAUUCCAGGAAGAGGCCAGACCUGAACGAUCCAGAGGGUCUAUCUAACGCUCAAAGUAUCCUAGCUCAAAUAUACGAUCGGCUGGAGAAUUAUUGUGAGAGUCUGAAAUUACACAAGCUUGUGCUUGAGACUCGGAGAGAGCUUUGGUCGGAAGAUCAUCCUGACGUCGUGGAUACGUUAGAAGAGAUCAAUGAGCUGGAGAGCAAGAUCACAAAGUCAUGA